AGGAAAUGCACAGGAAUCAUACAAGAUAAAGAAACUUAGAAAAAGCCACAACCACAAGUGCACGCCCUACAGGCUACAGCUGCAGUUUACGCUACCCCUAAUUUUUUUUUUUAAUCUAUAAAAAAUCGAUAGGAGAGAGUAAGAAAACGAAUCCCCUCAAUUUAAAGCAAUUCCUGUCUCAUCUUUCUUUUUCCUUUCUCUCCUCCGGUGAUUGAUCGAAAACCCUUUCUCUUCCUUCUUCCCUUCGCAAAAUCUCGCAAUCUAGUGUUCGUAAUUUUGCGCGUUUUCAAGUGAGAGAAAGAGUAAGAGAGAAUUUCUUCUCUUCUUCUCUGAGUUUCUAAGGGAUGGCGUCCAAGAGAAUUUUGAAGGAACUCAAAGAUCUGCAGAAGGAUCCUCCUACUUCUUGUAGCGCUGGCCCCGUGGGUGAAGAUAUGUUCCAUUGGCAAGCAACCAUCAUGGGUCCUCCAGACAGUCCUUAUGCUGGGGGUGUUUUCCUUGUUACCAUUCACUUCCCCCCAGACUAUCCAUUCAAACCCCCAAAGGUAGCCUUUAGGACAAAGGUUUUUCACCCGAACAUCAACAGCAAUGGAAGCAUAUGCCUUGACAUUUUGAAGGAGCAAUGGAGUCCUGCGCUCACAAUUUCAAAGGUCUUGCUCUCCAUCUGCUCACUGUUGACAGAUCCGAAUCCCGAUGAUCCCCUUGUCCCUGAGAUUGCUCACAUGUACAAGACCGAUAGGGCAAAAUAUGAGAGCACCGCAAGGAGCUGGACUCAGAAGUAUGCUAUGGGCUAAAGACGUAUCAUGUCAGUUGGAAGGGAUAGGAGGCAGCAUUGGCUUCUAAGCUUGUGAUCGUUGUGUUCUUCCUAAGUAUUUCAUUAUGUCGCAAAAAGAGAACUUAUAUGUGCCCUUUAUGUUUGUAUGGACAAAACUAAAUCUUCAAGCUGUGAAAUAUGACUGAUUUGGCCCUUAUUAGCCCUAAUUUCUCUCGAUAUCCUUGAUUCGGAUAUUGAGUUAUCAA